ACGCAGGCACUCCCUUUCCCCAGUAGAGGGAGAAAGAUGGCGCCCACUCACGUAUUGAGAUGCUGUCAACGGGGCUUAGCAUGGAUACCUGUGAUUUUCAUCGCGAUGGUCGUCUGCUGGUCCUAUUAUGCUUACGUGGUGGAGCUUUGUAUAUUCACCAUCACUAGUAUAGGAAAACAGGUUGUAUACCUCAUCUUCUUCCAUCUCUCCUUCAUCAUGUUUGUGUGGUCUUAUUGGAAGACCAUCUUCACAAAGCCUGCCAACCCUUCCAAAGAGUUCUGCUUGGCUAAGGCUGAGAAGGAGCGCUACGAGAAGGAAGAGCGGCCAGAAUCCCAGCAAGAGAUUCUGUGGCGAGCUGCCACCAGCUUGCCACUUUACACCCGCACUGGAGCAGGAGCAAUUCGUUACUGUGACCGCUGUCAAGUCAUCAAGCCUGACCGUUGUCAUCACUGCUCCGCGUGCGACAUGUGUGUGCUGAAGAUGGACCACCAUUGUCCCUGGGUGAACAACUGCGUGGGGUUUUCCAACUACAAGUUCUUCAUCCUCUUCUUGGCCUACUCGCUGCUUUACUGCUUGUUCAUCGCAGCCACCGUGCUGCAGUAUUUCAUCAAGUUCUGGACCAAUGACCUGCAAGAGACCCACUCACACGCCAAAUUCCAUGUCUUGUUUCUCUUUUUUGUGGCGGCCAUGUUCUGCAUCAGUAUUCUCUCCCUCUUCAGUUACCACCUGUGGCUCGUCGGAAAGAACCGGUCCACCAUAGAGGCGUUCCGAGCGCCCGUCUUUAGGACCGGCUCUGACAAGAAUGGCUUUUCAUUGGGCUUCCGGAAAAAUAUCUCUCAGGUGUUUGGAGACCAGAAGAAGUACUGGCUACUGCCAGUCUUCACCAGCCAAGGAGACGGUCUGACAUUCCCCACACGGCUUGUCAACGCUGACGUUGAGCAGCCGACAGCCGCCUUGCACCCAGAGCCGAAUAAAAGUGAAGUGACGGUAAGGCCACUCAGCGAGUCACAGAACCGCCUCCUGAGCAACGAGCAGAACACCAACAGCAUGGUACACCAUGUGGCAAAUAAUCCCAUCAAGUCAGCCCCAAGUGAGAGCACCACCGUCUCCAUGGAGAGUGAAUCCUAACCAGGUGAUUUGUUGUGCUCAUGUGUAGCGGCCAGUUACGUUGCGUGCUUUAAAGCCAGAGCAAGCGUAACAAUCAAUCUUCCAAUUGAACUCCACCCGAUUGGCUAUUGCGUCCUCCCCCGCCAUAGGAGCGACUCCUCAAUCAUCCAGUCUGAUGCCUUAAACCGUGCGACACUUUCGCUCAUCACCAUGGUAACGGCCUCUCAGUGCAACCUCAGAGUAACUAUGGAAAUGCUUUCCUUUUGCCUGUCACAGCACAGAGUUGCGUUCAUGGCAGUGGCGUUUUUCCGCAUGCAGCAGCACCAGCUGUGUGUGUGUCUGUGUGCGUGCGCGCGCGCACACAGACACACGCGCAUACAUGCGCACACACGAUACACACUCAUUUAUUUCAUUGCUACACUUGUCUGUCUCAUUGGACUAUUUCGGUGUCUUUUUCUGGAAUAUUUAUUCUGAUUGAGGAAAUUCUGCGCAGGAGUUUUGAGCUGUUUUUUUGGGUGCCAAAAGCUACCUGGAUCCACAUUAGAUGGUCUCAUAGGCACAAAGCUACAGUCAAAAGCGGAAGCAAAACUGGACAUUGCCUUAUUAUUAUUUUAUUUUUUUCAAUGAAGAAUCCAAUGACGGGACUAUUGUUUUUCUUCCUUAAACUGUAUUCUUGGAAGAUGAUUGCUACUUUUUGGAAACAUGAAAGAUUUCCCAGCACAGAUGUCCCAGACACCCGGAGUCAAUGGACUGUUUUUGUAUGAGCACAACAUGGUGCAUUUGCACUGAUGCGAUCAGUGAUGUACAUUAACCAGUGCUGCUUGUUCGCCGGUUGGCAAAGCAACACGAGUUGAGUGAAUUUUUCAAGUGUGUGCUUGUGUGUGUGUGUGUGUGUGUGUCUGUGUUUUGACGAAUUGCAGCCUUUACUUGGUGUUUUUAUGCAUUUGCUCAUUCAGAAUUCGUCCUUUGUGCUCUGUUAUCUCUGCAGUGCUCGACAAAUUCCACAUUAAUUGCCAAAAUAAGGGCUGCACCAGCAGGAGCUCAGACUUCUGAACCUAAAGUGUUUACAGCAUCCUUAGCUUUACCUUUACCUCUGUGGGUCAAACCGCAUUAAGAAUCAUGGCGCUUUUUUUUUCAAGCUGGACCUCUUGCCUGUCGUGUUGUCUCACUCUGACCAGCAGAUGGCGACAGGUCUUUACUUUUGCCUGCAGUACAUCUUAUGACCAGUAAUGUUUUUUUUUUUUUUGGGGGGGGGGGGGGAAUCAUGAGGGAAAAAAAAAGCAUCUAAUUUUGUCAAUUCAAAUUUGACCUUGUCUGCUUGUCCGAGCCUUAGCUUGUGUUUUGGGGUGAAUUGUCUCGUGUCGUGGCGCAGGGAAAUCAUCUAUUUCACAGUAUCUCAACUCUGUCAUGUUAUUAUUCUUUUUUUUUUUUGUACAUUUUUUUUCUUUUUAGUAUAACCAACGAUGUCUGUUCCAUAUAUGCAACUUUCUCAUUCCUCACACACACCUCAUAUUCAUGUCUGUCCGAUGGCAUUCUCAUGACAGUUGCCGGAUGAGCCUCCUGCUAAUUGCAUCCCAGGCUGUACAAGUUUACAGCCGUUUAUGUAUUGUAUAGAGUGACUUGUGGUGUUGUACAUUGUUUUCUAUCAUAGUUGUGCUACAUAUAAGCAAAACGGACAGUCUGCGCUGGCAGAGAGUUGGCAAUGCCUACUCUCUGUAUUUUGUUUACGUGUUACUGUUCAAGCAAAUGACACCCAUUGGAAGAUACGGGCUUCCCAACAUUGAAGCCCCAUCAGAAUGGAACAAAUCAAAAUUGAGGGAACAAAUUCCUUUACAGUCAACUCAAAACAAGCAUAAUGCACUAGAACCCUUCUGCUUAUCGCCAUUUAUUCCCAAUAUUUGGACCGAUCAUCAUCUUCUUUUCUAUAAAUGGCCUCUAAUCUUUUUCUGGGCUCUUAAGCCUUGAGAUUGACACGUGUGUGUGUAUUUUUGCACGGUGUUGUUUUGUAAUAUUAUCGUCUUGAGAGAAAUGCUUCUUUUUUCGUUUUGUUUUGUUUUGUUUUUUACACAUACGUUGUACAAUGUGCACAACGCCAGAAUAAAGCCUGUAAGCAUGGCGCCUCACUGUGAGAAAAUGUGUUUGUAGCCGUGUGUCAGUGCGGUUGAAAUUGAAGGUGCAUCAUGUUUGAAAGCAGCUUUACUCUGGUGUGCCCGAAUAAAUGAAGCCAUAAAACCACAAA